UUUGUUGUGUACGAGUUUCUUUUGAGAGUUUAAGUUUCACACGAUACAGCAGGGUAUGCAUUUUGCCUGAACAUGUACAGUACUUGUGCUGAACUCAAAAAGAGAGUAGUCAAACGUAUUCAAGACAGAAGGUUUCACAGCUGAGUAUGCUCCUCAAACUCAAUUUGACAAUGAAGGAAUACGCAUUCUAGAAAACAGAGAUUGGGCCGACAGUCACAAACUUGAAUCAAACAUGUCCAUGACACUGAAGGGACAAUGGAUUUUUUCCUUUAAAAAAACCCACAAACAUUUGGAGUCAAAAAGUCAACAUGGUCAUUCUCCUAAAAUGGAAAAAGCUACAGAAGACUCACAUAUUUAUGAAACAACUUUAGAUUACAAAGGUCCACACGGGGGUACUUCAAAAAAGUCCCUGAAAAAAUCAUCCACAUGUACCGAAAAAGCGUGUGAUAAUUGUUAUACGACUAACGAAAGAAAGCAACCACACUCCGAGAGUUUAAAAUCAGUAAUCUAUGGCAACUGCAUUCCACAAUUUGCGGAAGAAACUGAUUCAAGAAACUACACAACUCCUUUGGAAACUGGAGUUUACUACAGCAGCAUCCCCGAACAACAAAUUUCAGCUGUUCAGACAAGAGUUCCAUUGCACUACGAAGAUCCAACUUACGAGAAUGUCUGCCCAAAGUACAAGGUCAAAUUAGGGACGCCAAGUGAAGAAAAUAAGUCAUCUGGAAACAAACAAGAAAAUGAAGUACACCUCCGCCAAAUGAGUGAAACUGUGACAUCUCAUGAGAUGUCAUACACCAAGCCUGUACUAAAUGCGAGAGGACAUACUCCUUCCAAUGGGACAAACAAAGCUCAAGAACCCUCGAGUGAGCAAGAGGGGCAGAAACAUUAUCAAAGAUGUACUGAUGAAGUCACUAAAGAGGACAACACAACUAGGGUUUCAGAUACCAAGAUUAACCCUGUACCACGACCCAGUAGACUACGGGAAUCCUGCAAAGAGAUACAUGAAUGUGAAGACCUAUUUGAAGAAUACAUGGAGAGGGAACAGCAUGAAAAGAACAAAGCUACUAAGAUGCCUUCUUUCAUAAAGGAGCUGGAGACAAAACUUAAAGCAGAUCAACGAGCACCUUGCAAAGAGAUGACUGAAACUGAAGAAAACCUGAAAGAUGCCAAGGGGCAGACACAAGAAGAAAAACGUGAUCUCACUCAAAAGGACAAGAUGUCAGCUCCCAAGAAAAAACUGCAGACCGAACUAAGUCCAGGGCGACAAACCUCUUGCAAAGAAUUACCUGAAAUCGAAGAGCACCUGGUGGAGUUCAGGAAGCAGUUGAAGCAGCAGGGAGGGUGCAGAGACGUUACCAGUAUGGUUGUUUCAAAUCUCAAUUUCGCAGGUCGCAUGAUGGACAAGAAAGGCGGGUGUUUACAGCUGAAGUCACAUGGUGUAGUCCUCUACAUACCACCUGAUGCUCUUGGAGAUGGGCCUCAGGAAAUAUACAUCUACGUUCAACAGAACUUGACGUCAUCUUCUCACACUGUGAAGAAUGGGUUUGUUUCACCCAUUGUUCAUUGCGGUACCUCUGGGCUCAAGUUCAACCUUCCUGUGAUUCUGACCUUCCCUGUCCAGUCCAGCUCUUCUCCCAGCAAGUUGAUGGGAGUUCGUCAAGAUUCAUCCACACAACCAUGGGCAGACAUCUCUGAUUGUUCCAGCGAAGUUGUACUGUUUCAUGAUGGUCUUUGCACAGUGAUAUCCGAUCACUUCACUGGAUUUGGAGCCGUUGAACAGUUUGAUGAGCGUCCUGUUAAUGGCCCACAUAGUGUAAAGCUCAGAGUUGGGGUUUUUAUAGCACAGCAUGGACCACUACAUCCCGUGAAUGGUUGCCUGCAGUUAAGAGUCCGUAUCUGGGAUGAAUCUCCAGAAACAUAUGAGUAUAUUAAAGAAGCUGAAGAAAACAGCACAGCGAUGGACACACAGCGUCGACUGUUCCUCAACACCACUGAAGGCCCAAACAACCAUGUAUUUGUUGAGGUUCAGAGUCUGAAUAAACAGUGGGAAACAUCCAACAAAACACAGGUGCUGCCAUUGCAAAGAUUUCAAAUGGACACUCGUGUGGAUGAGUCAUGCACUUUUAAUUUGAAACCAGUCCCCCAGAACGAUGCGUCAAAUGAUAACCAACGACAGCUAGAAUGUGAUGUCAGUGUGUCCCAAAGAUCACAUCCAAUGUCUGCAGUGGUCAUCAGGGCAGUUCAUGAGAUUAAAAUAAGGAACCAAAUGGACAGUUUGAAUAUGCGUGUAGACAGUGCAGACUCCCACACCUGGCCACCACAAAUGUACAAGAAUUUAUUCUGGUACUACAGAGAAAGGCAACUGAAGAUUGAAAGAGGAGAGAUAAAUGGUCCAAUAGAUUGUUCUGAUGACGACCGGCAAGACCAGGCUGGACAAGCAAACCAUCCCAUCCGGGAGAACUACGGGCAUCAAGUUCAACAAGACAAUGGGAUACAGGUUAGAAAUGACCAAUUAUUGGCUCAAUGUCAAGCAAGUCAAAGCAGACUUAGAAUAAGUGAACAAACCAGACUAGUAAACCAACAGGUUGAAGAGAGUCGGAAUGCAGCAGGCAAUUCUGAAAUUGGUGGCAAUGUUGAACAUCUCUACUUGCAUUCUAAUGACCCAUCUGUAAAUAGUAACAGUCAGCUAGAUUUGCAACCAAAUCAGAUCUCUGUCACACCCAGGAAUACAUUCACACGUUUAACAAAUUUCAUAGUGAACCGCUUCAAAAAAAAUUCACAGCCAGGCGAAGACUUUGAUCCUUAUAGUUUGCCUCACGAUUUCCCUCCAGCGGAAGCACAAGCUGAGCUUCCAAGGGGUUACCGGCACCUACUUCCACCAAUGGAAUUAACUACCACUCAAACGGAAUCUUACUAUGUCAAUAUUCCUAAAUCACACUAGUUUUGGACUAGUGAGAUCAAAAGUAGUUGCUUGUUGGUUGGUUACUUGCCAGGGUCUUAGACAAAGCAAAAAAGCCGAUUACACAUCAGUCUGUGUGCAAAGCAGUUUUUAGCUGUGCUGUUACACACAAAUCAGAGUUAGACUGUGUAAAAAGGCAUUAAUGUACACACUGGACAGUGAAAAAGCUAAGAAUAAACCUUAACAAAUAAAAUAAAAGUUGUAAUUACCUUAAAAUCCACUGAUUGCUUGAUCUGACCCAUUUGCCAAUGUCACAGGUGGCUCCUGUAGUCACAAUUAACCACUGUGAGCAGGUUACUUGCUACAUGUACAUCGCCCAAAAUGUGCACUACAUGUACACUGUAUUAAAAAAGGAAACUGACUAUGAAGGACAAAAAGUGUACAAACAAAAUCUUGCCAAAAUCUGGUGUUAUAAACCAGAAAUCAUAUUUAAUUAAAGUCCCUUUUCAAAUUUUAAUGUUUUGCUAUCAGAAAUUCAGAUUUUUCAUUUCCUCGUACAUCGGGUAGUCCAAAAGUCUAUAAGGCAAAAUUCAUUCAAGCUUUCUGCUGGUACAUAUUUGGCAAUUUGCGUUGUACACGUUUGGACUGCAGGAGUGUGGAGAAAUGUAAAAUCUGAAUUUCUAAUAGCAGAAGUUGAAAAUUAAAAAAAAUUGACUUUAUUUGAACACAAUUUUUUUAAUUAUUUGUACCAGAUUUAGGGUCAAGCAAAAUUAAUGUGAUGAUACCCGCUGAGCUGGGCUAACAGUACAUCUUAGAGUCAGUUUCUUAUGUAUACAUUUGUAGAUAUAAACAAUGUAUCCCCUUGUUACUCAAUGAAUGAAUUCCCUAAUGCUGGAUUAAUUUGCUCUGUAUUCAUGGUUUAAUUAGAAAUAUAUUGUGCUUGCUAAAGCACAGUAAACAUGUAAGUAAUAGUUUAAAACAGACCUAUAUUAUUACAAGUAUUGACUUCUUACACCAGUACCACUACUUUGCUGCCAUUUUAUGAGUCAAAUUGUUUGUUCAAAACAAUUCUAUUUAAAAUCUUGAAUAAAAAGUUGCAGAUCCCCUUUUUAAAAAAGGUGAGCCCCUGGCUGAAGCGUCCCAGGUUGAAUCGUAAACUUUGGUGUCGUUCCUUUCUACACGACAGCUAUGUAACGGUUGCAUGGCUUCUGACCACAAACAAAGAUAUUUACAAAGUAGGGAAACCAACAAUGUAUUAUGUGGGGCUAGAUAGCUCAGUUGGUACAGCCCUGGAAAGUUGGUCCAGAGGUCGUAGAUUCAUAACCCGCUGUAGUACAUUUUUCUUUGUUCAACCCCAAAUCAUUGUGAAAAUUAAGUGUAAACACAGCAUUGGCGAAAAUGUGCAGGAACGUACACUGUAUAACACAAAAGGUCAUUGACUCGUAGAAUGGCGCAACAAAGAUUAUUGCGAUGAUGACAUCAUCAGGGCCCAAACUCAAGGCUCUGCUUAUUGUCGAAUUCUGCACUUGCGAUCACUGUUUUUUUUUUUUCAGCUGAGGCUACUGUUCAAGCACAAAAUUUCUGCGCUAGCUGUGUAAGCCAAUUAACGUGGAGUACGCACAGGCAAAACUUCCCUAAUAACAGGGAAAUAAAUAUUUCAAACCUCAAAUGUUUAACUGUCAAAGUGUCUGUAAUUGUAUUUUGUUUACGUUUUUUAACAA